CCCCAAUGGGAGUAUCGCUUGUGGACGGAUAAAGACGCGGCGGUGAUCUUGCAGCACCAUCCUGGACUCUUGCAGGCAUUUGAAGCUGCAAGCAACCCUGCGGAGAAGAGUGACAUACUUCGUCUGGUGAUUGUUUUGGAGCAGGGAGGCUUGUACGUCGAUAUGGACUUUGAGUGCUUACGACCUCUUGAUGAAUUGCAUCAUGCGACAUCCUUCUACACUGGAGUGUCAAAUGUUGGUGCCUUUGAGUUGAACAACGGCCUCUUUGCGGCAGCGCCAAGGCACCCACUCGUGGCUUUUUAUUGCGAGCAUGUUGGCAAACCGUGGCCAGAGUGGGGGCAGGAUGAUGUUGAACCUGGCGAAGCAGUAGCACACCAACUGCAGAGGUCGGGGAUGCUGGGCGUCGAGCUUGCAAAGGGAAAGGCUUCCUUCAUUGCAGACACUGGGCCGGGCUUCUUCACACGUGCCACCAUGAGGGCUUUGCCUUUGGUUGCAGGUUCUGCUGACCUUGCAGCUCCAGCAGCUCCAGCAGCUCCAAUCUUGAUUUGCCCUCCAGAGGUCUUCUAUCCCUUGCCAAACAGCGACAGAACUUCACCCUUAGAGGAGAUCAUCAAAUACAGGACGGAGUCUUCUGUAGCGAUUCACCACUGGUUGAGGACGUGGGCUGAAAGUGAAGGAUUUGAGAAAAGAGCACGCAUGAUGUUGCCGAGGGCUUGCCCCAUGCCUGACAUCGCGAAGUCCGACAUCUCCCCCAACUUGGACCGCGACAAGAUGUUCAACGAACUUUGGUGGUUGAACUAUUGCUUCUGUGAGGGUGUUGGCAUUGGUGCUGUUGGUAAUCCAUUCUGUGGAGGAGAAGCUGUGAACAUUUGUCUCCACAGCAGGUGCGAGAUGACUGAUGUGGGCGAUCCUUUCUGCUCCAACAUCCGUGUUUGCCUGUGCAUUACGGACCAGUGCGCUUUGCCCCCAUCCGAAGGAUCUCCAAUUUGCGUUUGCUUCAACAAAAAGCUUGCAGGUGGUGAUGGAUGGAGUGGCAAGCAGCUCUUUGACUGGUCUACCAAUUUUGGCGACACGUUCUGGCUGUACUACAUCUUCUGCAUGGGUUUGGGCUUUUCUGCUCCUCAAGCCAAUGGUCGUCCUUUAUUCGCUGUGGAGACAAAGGAGCUGUGCAUCAAGGGUGGUACAAAAUUGACCAUGCCUAUGGAGGGCGGCAAGCUGUGCUCCAUGGUGAGCACUCGCCUUUGCUUCUGGGAGCAGUGUGCUUUGCCACCGGCUGAGGGAGCUCCGAUGUUCGUUUGUUUCAACCUUUUGAACCCGAAAGGAUCAUCCGCAAAGCCUUUGGCAUAUGGGAUGACUGUUCAUCGAGGACUUCUCUCCUUCCUCGCCAGCUCCAGAAAAAAGUUCGAAGAGGACCUCGCUGCACUCCUUCCCAGCCGAGAUGCCGAUGGACAGGAGGAAAUUGACCAGAUGGAACCCCUGCAAAACAAGGAUGAUGUCCAAGAAGAGGAGGCGGAAAUGCCACAAGCGGAGGAAUUGGAAGAAGCAGAAAUUGGAGAAGUGGCGCAAGCAGAAGUUGAGGAUGAGCAAGAACGACUGCCGGAAGAUGAAAGUGGUGAUGAGCAGAUAGUUGACGCACAAAGUGAUAAGGAGGCAGAAAUGCCACAAGCGGAGGAAUUGGAAGAAGCAGAAAUUGGAGAAGUGGCGCAAGCAGAAGUUGAGGAUGAGCAAGAACGACUGCCGGAAGAUGAAAGUGGUGAUGAGCAGAUAGUUGACGCACAAAGUGAUAAGGCGGAAAUGCCACAAGCGGAGGAAUUGGAAGCAGAAAUUGGAGAAGCGGCACAGAUGACAGACGACAAGUCUGGAGACAAAGCAGAAGCUCAGGAUGUGGAUCCUGACAAUAUGUCCCCAACGAUCCAGCAGCAAUUUGGUGCACCAUUGAAGGCAGUUCGGCCUUUGGAAGCUCCAUGUUCUGUGGCUGAGCUCAGCCCCCUUGCUGAGCCUUUGGAAGAGCCUUUGGAGGAAGAGGACAGCGAAUUAGAGGCUGAGGAAGUCGGUGAUGUGAAGAUGCACUUGGCCAGGCGAAGAAAACGCCUGGAAGCCCAACUUUUCGCAACUGGGCGACGUCGCAGCAAAGCGGAUGGGUGGCCAAAGCAGGAGAUGAAGGCGGAGCCGAUGCCGUUGAAGAAGGAGAAGCGCGAGGCGACAUUUGUGAAGCGGGAGCUGGACCGAGGCACUUCAGCUGAUGGUCAGCAAAGUUCACCAGCUCGGAGUUUGCUGAAGCGUCGCCGCAGAGGUCCAGGUGAAGAGGAUGGAAUCUGCGAAUCUGAAAGCCCUGCAAAACAAGGUCGAGUGAUGAGGGGUUUGCCACGAAGCGACUUGUUGCGCAUGGCGGGCAAUCUGGAGCGGCGAUACCUUUGCAGUGACUCCUUGGCAGUGACCGCCUAGGUCAUGGCUGCGUCGAUGUGUUCCACUUAUGCAGCUAGCAGUGAGUGUUUCACAAGGGGAGUGUGAUGGUUCCUCUCAGUAGUCUCAG